UUUUUCUUCUUCCUUUUCGUGCGGCCGUGUCACCGCGUGUUUCACGACCGCGUUUCAUUCGUAUAAUCAAAAUGGCUAUCAGACCAGUAUACAGGCCCACAAUCGUCAAAAAGAGGACGAAAAGGUUUAUUCGUCAUCAAUCAGAUCGCUAUGAUAAACUCAAGCGUAACUGGCGUAAACCAAGAGGUAUUGACAACAGAGUGCGCAGGCGUUUCAAGGGACAGUACUUGAUGCCAAACAUUGGUUACGGAUCAAACAAGAAGACCCGUCACAUGCUCCCCAAUGGUUUCCGUAAGGUUCUGGUGCACAAUGUUCGCGAGCUGGAAAUCCUCAUGAUGCAGAACAGGAAAUACUGCGCAGAGAUCGCACACGGUGUCUCCUCCAAGAAACGGAAGACCAUCGUGGAACGUGCGCAGCAGCUCAGCAUCAGGGUCACCAACGCGUCUGCACGCCUCCGUAGCCAAGAGAAUGAAUAAACUUAUGUUAAUUAAAAAAAAUAUAAAAAA